ACAAAGGUUGUAUAGAUUAAUAUGAAACUAAUUAUUCUACUUAUACAUUGCCUAAAUUUAUUAAAUUAAAUUGAAGGGGCUGGGUAAUAGAGACACUCGCCUUAUAUAAACAGGCAUGCAAGCGUAACAAUUCACUUGAUCGACGAGCUGUGUAAUAAUUAUUACGUUUGCACAAGAAUAAUAGAGCAUACAUUGUCUUUGGGGCGUGAGAGCUAUCGAAAGAAAAAUAAAAAAUAAAGACGAGGGGGCACCCGGGUUUGAACCGGGGACCUCUCGAUCUGCAGUCGAAUGCUCUACCACUGAGCUAUACCCCCAGUUCUCGGAUCAGCUCAGCUUGGUGUACUACAGUUGUACGCACUACGUCACUCGAACGAGCAAUACGAACGUAUUUGCAGGCGCGAGAUUUCAAGCCAAUUAUCGUCGUCUGCCUGCGUUCCCGCGUGCUUUUCGAGUAAAGGCCGCCGCUAAUUGCCAGCCCAUUUUGUGCUCUUUUGUGCAUUGCUUAACCUCUAUAUCUGCCAUUCGGCUUUUAAUAAUCCGACGCUAUAUUCUAUUUAACAUCAAUACAAAAACUUAUUAAAAAUCGCUCUAAAGGCUCAUUGCCUCUCAUAGUAUUUUCAAAUCAACCAUUGAUCGCGGAAGGUAGCAUUUAAAAUGGGAACUAUGCAAUCUGCGUUAUUGAGUUGCUCGUGUAAAUUUGGACUAAUCGCAGUUGGCAAUGAUGUACGUUGUUCCGCUUUUGCAAAAACAAUGUUUUCUCGAUAGACUGAAUUUUUACUCAAGAUAAAUAUGCAGUUAAUGAAAUUAUGCACACGUGAAAAUGAGUUGGUUUUUGCCACGAAUUUUGAAGACUCGAGAGAUUACUUGUUGAAGAAGCCGCGCAAUUUGCGAAAUCGGGUUCGGGUCGGGGAGCUCAAUGAAGAAGUUUCGGAUUCUUUUCGACCGUGAAAAUUUAACGAAGCUAAGGCUUGGCUUUCAUCGCGAGGUAUUUGAUUAGAGCCUGAAUCAUCGAUCAAUCUAUCGGGCACACCGAACCAAUCGAAAUAAUGAGUCUGCAACGCACGCAUCGCCAAGCCUAUUCUCUCUGGAAUGAUUGGCCAAGUUGUCGUGCCCCUGUCCUCCUAUCGAUUUAAUAAUCAGCCCCUUUUUCGCGGUCCCCGAAAACUCGUUAAAAGUUAGCUGCCGCGCGGCGUAGAACAAAACGUAGAGAACGCCUUGAGCAAUAGGUCGCAGAAAACGCGAGUGGAGCGCGGGCUCGGAUCCUGUACGCGAUGGCAAUGGCGAUGGCCUGCGGCUGACCGCCGGCAGGAGCGAGCGCGUGGGCUGCGAGCGCGCGGUAAGGGCUCCGCCGACUCACGGCCCACCCCACUCGUAGCCCUCGCGAUGUUCCUAAGCAACACGCGCGGCGCUCCCGACUGGCUAGGCUGCUGUUGCGCCAGCGGGCGCUUCUUGGCUGCACGCUCGGGCGAGCGCGUGCAGUCGCCAACACCAUGCCGUGCCAGCGACGACGACUCCGCCACCGACCGAGACGCCUUCGCUGCCGCUGACUCGCGACGGGCGUGCAUGCGUCAGGGGUGGCGCUUAGGCGACACGCGGGCUCGUCGCGGUGGCAGCUGGCGGCCCGCCGAGUCGUGAUCCGGACGCCGAGCGAUCAGGAGCCUGCUGGGGCUGGUAGCAGCGGAGGAUGACGCGCGAGAAGUCCGCCAGCCACGUCGACACGCAGCGGCCAGCUGCUGCAUUGCACCGCCCAUCUAAGCAAUGUCGAACGACGGCGGCACGGAGGAAAUUGUAACGGGGCCGUGCCUGCGCGCGGCUCGGGCAUGGACACGCGGACACCGCCGAUCGCCCCGAGAACGCAAGACAGGUCGUCCAAGAUCAAGCAGCAGCAGCAGCAGCAGCAGCAGCAGCAGCAGCAGCAGCAGCAGCAGGUGACGCUACCACCGCUCGGGCAUUAUUCCGCCAACUCGCAGAGACAAAAGACCAAGUUCGCCACAUCCACGUCCACUUGGCUGUAUAACAAUAACGCCGCGACGCCGAGCGUUGUGAGGCAACAGGAGAUAGCGAGGCGCCGGCCCUAUAAGGUGCUGAGCAUAGGCGCGACGCCGCUGAUGCACGCCUGCCAGCAGGCGGACCGCGGGCGCGUGCUGAAGCUGCUGCGCGAGCAGGAGGAGACGAUCGGCUACCGGGACCGGGCGCUGCGCAGCGCGCUGCACUACUGCAUGGACGCGGCGACGGGCGGCGCGGUGGCGCAGGCCGCGCCGGAGCUCGUCGACGCCGCCGACGCCGAGGGACACGCGCCGCUGCACCUGGCCGUCAUCGCCGGCGACCACCAGCUCGUCGCAGUCCUUCUGGCCAACGGCGCCGACGUCGACGCCAAGGACCUCGAGGGACACAGCGUUCUGCACUGGGCCACGGUAUGCGGCGAAGUGGAGUGUGUGCGACUGGUACUGGCGGCAGGAGCGGACCCAUCGGCAGCCGAUCACCGCGGAGGCUCGCCGCUGCACUACGCGGCGCAAUGUUGCGGAGCAGCGGCCACGGCCGAGCUGGCAGUACCGAAGAAGGUCGGGCAGAAAGUGCUGCAGACGCUGCUGGAGUUCGGCGCGGACGUGAACGCGAGGGACGAGGACGGCAGGCAGCCGAUCCUGUGGGCGGCGAGCGCCGGCAGCGUGGACGCCAUCCUGGCGCUGGCCAGGGCCGGCGGCUCGGCGGCGGCCGGGGCCUCGGACAAGGACGGCCUCACGGCGCUCCACUGCGCGGCCUCCCGCGGCCACGUCGGCUGCAUAGAGGCGCUGGUGCGGCUCUGCGAUGCGCAGCCCGACCACGUGGACGACAACGGCUGCUCGGCGCUGCACUACGCGGCGACGCUGGGCCACGCGGACGCGACGGCGCUGCUGCUGGAGCUGGGCGCCGACGCGAACCGGCAGGACCGCAAGGGACGCACGCCGGCCCUCUGCGCGGCGGCCAAGGGCCAGCUGGAGACGCUCAAGCUGCUCGUGCAGCACGGCGGCUCGCUGCGCGCGCGCACGCUGCGCGGCACGGGCGUGGCGCACGAGGCGGCGGCCUCGGGCCGCCCGGAGCUGCUCGGCUGGAUCGCGCGGAGGCGGCCGGCCCUGCUGGACGCGGCCGCGCCCGACGGCCGCACGCCGCUGCACGUGGCCGCGCAGCGCGGCCACCUGGGCGUCUGCAAGCUGCUGCUGGACGGCGGCGCGCGCGCGAACGCGCUCAUGCGCGCCGGCGGGGGCGCGCCCGCGACGCCUCUGGACGCGGCGCUGCAGCGCGGCCACCGCGACUGCGCCAAGCUCGUGCAGCUGCACGGCGGGCUGACCGCGCGGCGCCUGGGCGCGCGCGGGGCCGCCCCGGCCGAAGGGCCCGCCGCGGGGCCGCGGCCGCGGCCGCGGGCGGCCGACAGCAGCUCCGACUCCGGGCCGGAGCCGGGCGGCGCGGCGCCGCGCCGCCGGCAGCGCGGCCGACGCCGGCGCGCGGACGCCUGCUACGAGGAGCGCUGGGUCGAGCGGCGCACGCGCCGCCGGGCCAGUCGGCGUGGCCCGUCGCGCCGGGGCAGCCGCAGCUUCAGCGAGGAGGAGCUCCGGCUCUCCAAGACGUCCUCGAGGGCCGUUGGCCGGCGGCGCCGCGCCCUCAGCGAGGACGCGAGGCGAGCAGGCAGCGCCAGGACAGGCGCCAGUGGCGGGAGGCCGCACGGGGCCGAGCUGGACGGGCUGCAGCUGUCGAGCGACGAGCCGGCCGCGAGCGGUCGGGACAGCGGGACUGCCAGCGACGACAGCCUCGAGGUGGUUCUGGUCAGGCGCUCCCUCGAGAAGACAUCCCGCAAGGUCGUCUCCGGCAGCAAGUCCGGAGCGGCCCGGGGCCACGCCUCCAAGGAUUCGGCGAGAGCCCGGCGGGCGAGCCGCUCGUCGCUGAGCAACGCCGAGCACGACGGGCCUUGGACUCGAGCGGCCGACGGCAAGUCCUCGCGUCGGGAUGCCGACAGCACGAGCCAAGACACUGCGAUGGAGCAGGUCACGGUAACGGCCGAUGUGCACAAGACCGGAACGCGCGCCGCGGCCCAGGAGGACGCCCACGGCGAAGCCGCGACUGCAGCGAGCGAGCAACUCGAGAAGGAGAAGGCGCGAAGUAAGAUGGGCGACAUACUGGAGAGGGCGGACGAGUUGCAGAGUCAGCUGAUGAACAAAGCUGCUGACCUGAGAAGAGACAUGGAAGACAUUCGGCAGCAAAUGUCGCAGAGUUCGGAAGAAAAGACUGGACGGCCGGAAGAAGAGGAAGGGCUGCUAGCGGAGAUCGCAGAGAGCGCUGGGAAGUCGGAGCUCCCCGGCUGGCAAGAAGCUCGGGCGGGUUCUAAACAAGUCGAGGACGAUAACGAGGAAACAGAACCACCGACGGAUCGACCGGCCUCUGUCUCCGCGGAGGACGAGGGGACGCCGAUCGAUCCACGGGCCAGCGCACAAGAACCGGCGGCCGACGUCCUCCAGGAGGAGACUCCGAGAGAAGAAGCCGCGUCGGAAGAGACUCACGCCAGCGCGGAUGCGGGUGCUAAAGACGGCGAAGCACAAGCCAGACGCGAGUCCGCGGCUGCUCACGAGGCAAAGACCAAGAGAGGAUCCGACGCCAAGGACGAGGAGCAGCCAGUCGCGACCGAGCGAGGAACCAAGCGGCGAGAACAGCAGGAGGAAAGCGCGGAAGUGCAGCCAGCGCAGCCGCCGCUUCGGAUUCCAGGCAGCGAGAGCUUCCGCUACGCCGACGAGAGCUCGUCGAGUUCGCCGAGGAGCGGCAAGCCGUCGCGUCGCCGGCCGCCGACGGGCAAGCGCCGCGGCCCGACGAAGAGCCCCUUGUUCGAGAGCUCGGAGGAACGAUCGCCCGAUCACAGUGCGAUCGUCGCAGUCAUAGAGAGUCCCGAGUGGGACGACGAGGACGAGGAGCAGUUGGACAAGGAGAUUCGCCAGGUGGUUGGCGACGCCGAGGAGGAGCGCGAGGACGGGGCCGGGGACGGCGGCGGGGACGAGGACGAGGACGAGGACGAGGACGAGGAGGGCAGCGACGGUCUGGGCGGCGCGAGCGACGAGGUCGGCAUCGUUCGCGUGCUGCCCAGCACCAGCGAGGACGACGUGAUCGCCAAGCGCGCUUCCGCCGUCGGCGUACUUCCACAGUUGCAGACGCAAGCCCAGGCUAAGAUAUCGCUGAGGCAAGACGCGGCCAGACUGCGCCAGCGCAGGGACAGCGCCGGCAGAGACAGCGGCAUCGAGCCCAGCCCGCGCGUCUCCCGCAUACCGAGGCGCGCCGUCAAGUGCUGCCCGAACAGCGAGCGCCAGCGAGCGCUGCACAUGGACACGAUCACGCGCGACGUGCAGAUCAGCCUCAGGCGAUACCACCUCGAGCGCAAGAUCUUCUUCCAGCUGAUGGAGCUCAAGAGGCUGCAGAUCCGGCACGGACGGGCCAACGAGAGCGUCCUCGUCAAGCGACAGAAACUGUUUGGCUUAUCGCAGGUCGAGUCGUUCCACAAAGCCGGUAUGAGCGGGCCGGCGCUUGGGGUCGCCAGGUACGACCAACCCUACACUUUCAGGCACUUCGAGUCGUUCUUGUACGAGCAGUUGAGGAGAUUGCAGAGGCGCCCAUCGACGCCCGACUGGUGUACCGAGGCCAAGCAGUGCACGCAAAAGACGCAUCGCUGUCAUCACGCGACAAGCGCCUACACUUCCGUGCCGGUUUACACUUACCACUCUAAUUGCAGUAGGUGGAGGCGGCCUCGAACGACCGACUCUUCUUCCGAAGAUCGAGGGACAGGGGAAGGGACAGAUGACGGUAAACGAUCGGCACGUCCGACUUGUCACUUACUAGCACUACUCGACACCGAUAAUUCGUUUGUUCAAGGUGGAGGUGAGCCACGGCGCGGACAAGCAAGUGAUUGCACUGCCGUCGGAGAAGCUUGAUCGCGCUAAACGCUACUACGUCAUCUUCACUGUGCGAGGCGACACGACGGACAGCAACAAACCCAAAACUCCGACCACUUCGAACGCUCAACGCGUCUCCAAGAGCGUCUGAAUGGUUCUGACCCUAUUACUCUCAAACAUAUUUGUGUCUGCAUUUUUCUCCAAAGUCCAAAUCGAAAGCAAAUCUUUCUGGGAUUACCAAAACGAUACGUUCCAAAGCGAGGAGCGUUUGUCAGCUUCUAUUGACCUGAUGUUCUUUUUGCUACCAAGUUUUCCAUCUCAAAGGAAGAGAAAAACUGGCUCAUGACUUUAACAUGACAACGUUAAUCAUGUAUAAAACGAAAGAAACAUCGACCAAAA